UCACACACAUCUGCGGCGCAGAUUUCAAAUCACGAACCGCAAUCAUAUUACGAUGGAGUCCUACCACGGCGGCGGGGUGAAAGCCAAGAGCGCAGCGAGGGCGACCAAGAGAACCUUGUCCGCAGCAGGGAUCGCCGAUAAGAUGGCGGACAAGAGGACAAGAGUCGCGGCCUUCAGACGCCCGAAGAAAGCACCGCCGACGGCGACGCCAAAGACCGCCGGCGAAAAUCUUCCUAGGCUGCCGGAGGUUGCAGUCGCCACCGGCGCCGCCGCCUCCUCGAAUGUCGGUAAAUCGACUACAGGCGAUGACGAUUCGGUGGACGGAAACGAUGCGCGACAUGAAACCCACGAACCUACGUGGACUGUUGACAACUACGUGCGGUUGUUGCGGAAAAGUCUAAUGAAUGAAUGCCAAUCGCAUUUCAGUGGUCGUGACGCCGUGCAGUCCGGGGAGACGCUCGGUCUUGGAGAGGACGCGGUUGCGGUGUUGGUAAGACGGGCGAUGACCGCGGUCCAGGCCAAAAGAAUAUUUUCAAUACAUGGAUAUUAUCCAAUAAUAUCCGAGGAGCUCAAAAAAAGAGGUUGGGUAGAAAAAAAAAAUCCAGAUUUCAAAACACUGAAUUAUGAAUAUUUAUACACUACAUUGACAUUAACAAACAGUCGUUCAAUGUGUAACGUCAAGUCACCACCUUCGUUAACUUCAAGAACAGUGAAAUCUUUAAUUAUUGAAAAUAAAGAAAACACAUAUUUGUGGUUUGCAAUCAAAGACGUUAGCCCUAAUUAUAUAUUUACCACAAACCGAUAUGAUAUUAAUUGGAAUACAAUUAACGAUACGACAGUGUUGAGCCAACUGAAUAAUUUAAGUUUUUGCACCAAAAUCGGAUUGGCUGGAACCGUAAACACGAUAUCAAAAAAAGUCAAUGUAAAAUUUCCAAGGACCUACAACAUUUCAGACACGAGGAUAAUGGAGUUUUUUAUAAAAGAUUAUCGACUAACGGCUUUGUUGGGUUCCUUAAAGAAUAUCCUUGGUUCAAAAAAAUCACAAAAAACAAUGUUCAGUGAAAACGGAACAAUUCCAUACGAAAUGAUCGACUUCAUCGAACAGCGUUGUUGGGAAUUCGUGCACGCUUAUCAAACCAAAGAAGAAAGUGAUAUGCUAUGGUUUACAACAAUAUUAGAAGAUUGCUGGAACAAAUUUAUGGUUUGGUAUUAUGAAAUUAUAGAAGAACUCGCUACCAUUCGUGUUUGUAACUCGUUUCAAAUUAGUGAUAUUUAUGAGCGGUUCGACGGUUUGGAACGUAAAAUUAAAACAUUUUGUCCACAAUUUUUCAUCGAUGGUGAUACAAAUCUAUGGAUUGUAAAACCGUCUAAUCGUUGUUCCGGUAUGGGAAUAACAUUGGAGAGACGUUUAAACAAUAUUUUGAAAACUAUUAAAAGCCCCAACAAAUUUAAUAAAACGUUCAUAAUACAGAAAUAUAUAGAAAGACCAUUGCAGAUAUUUAAUGUCAAAGUAGAUCUGAGACAAUACUUUUUAGUUACAAACACUUAUCCCAUAAAAAUAUGGAUGUACAAGGAAGGAUAUGUACGAUUUUGUUCCAAGAAAUUUACAGUUCAAGACUUGCGUGAAGAAGUUCAUCUUAGCAAUGUAAGAGUUCAAUCCACCAAUAGAAAAUAUAGAGUACCAGGUGUACCCGAGGAAUGUAUGUGGGACUUUACACAGUUUAAACAAUACCUGAAAUCAAUUAAUAAAGGCGACAAGUGGCAUACAUCAAUAUAUCCUACAAUCUGCGAAACAAUAUCCACUAUCCUCAUCAAAUCUUUUAAACAGGACAUCAGGAAGACGUUUGCUUUUCAGUUGUUCGGAGCAGAUUUCGUACUAACCGAACAUUUUGAACCAUGGUUAAUAGAAAUUAAUAGUAAUCCUGGCUUGAAUCCAACUACGAGUAUCAUUGCAAGAAUUGCCACGACAUUGUUAAAAGAUAUUAUCAAAGUUACAGUAGAUUUCCCACUUAAUUCAAAUGCAGAAACUGGACUUUUCGAGAACAUUUACUCUGACACACUUGUAAAACAUUGUAACACGGAGAAAAACAUCACAAAAGAAUAUUAUUACUACCAGUCGCCUAAGAACACAAAACAAUUAAAUAAACAAAGCCACAAAGGUAUUGAACAGAAUAAAAAGAAAAUUGUGAGAUGAAUAAUAUGUAG